AUGAGGCCCUCGUAUACCUGCACGCGAUGCUUGUCCGCUGUCAAGAGCUCGCGCACCCAGCUGCGACCUGCGCAAGCGUUCCGUUCCUUCGCCCAGAAUGUUACAUCGCAGCGAAAUCACUCCACCAAAACUCCAGCACCAUCGAAGUUGGCCUCCCCUCGAAGAGCGCUCUCGACUACGCCCAAUCGCAGUUUCGAUAAACCAUUCGAACCGUAUGAGUACAUCGAUCCAGAGGGUAUCAAGCGAACCCUCGUCUUGACGGAGGACAACCUCUUCAACUCGUUCACGAACUCGCCUAUACCGCAGAUUCGCAAAAGAGCGGCUUUCAUGCGCCAGCAUGCAUACUGCCCGCACCCUGAUCAUAAGCCGACUCGAGCAGCAAAGAACCCCAUGGAUCUUGAGGCUCGCAAGUCAUCGGAGAAGGGGUCCCCGCCCGCCCAUGUGAACUUUGAGUGCCCAGACUGCGGGAUACCGGUUUAUUGCUGCGAGGAGCAUUGGGCGGAUGAUUAUGAGGCGCACUUGGAGGUCUGCGAUGUACUACGACAGUCGAAUGAGGACGACCAUGACUUGCGCAGUGGGCGAUUCUUCAAGGAGUUCCAGUUCGCUGAGCCCCAAAUGGAGGAGAUCCUUGUGAACAUGACGAGCUGGGAUACAUACUUGUACACUCGGGACUUCGAUGCGCUCAACAAGGACCGGGAGAUGAGACAAGCUACAAAGCUUCUUACCUACCCAAUGACCAUUGCCAGUGUCAUCAACGAACUGAGUCCUUACAAUAUCCGUAAGGGUGGCAGAAUGACCCCUGAGGGACUCAAGAGCUUCAGCGCCCUGCGACAUACCCUGCACCCACCACGAAACGGUGGCGGUGACACCUGGAAUAACGCCCGUAUUGCUCCUCCAUCGGUCCGUUUGUUCAUUCUCGGCGCACGCGCUGAAUCGUCCUUACCGCGAGAGACCUGGAUGCAGCUGGCCUACCUCUUCCACCGUGUCCAAUUCUCCCUACACUUCAUUGGCCCUGAAGCCAUGGCGAACCGUGAGAAGGAACUGCCUCUGCCCGAGCGCACACCUCUCAACCCCUUCGGCGCCGUCAUCGAAGACCGCAUUUCCAACGCUAUGAAGAUCAGCACCUUCGUCGAACACUACCACAACAUCCACAAGACCGGCUACUUCUACCCGUACGAUCCCUACUUCGACUGCUUCGUCGUCUUCCACCCCGGCUUUGGCAACGCAGCAUCGAUGCACGAGUGGGAGGAGACUUUACCUUUGCUCCUCGAGACCAAGGUGCCGAUCAUCGCUACUGGAUACUCGCCGUGGGAUGUACAACAGGACAUUGACCACCUCACGAAGCGUUACGGCAACGAGAUGGACAUUUUGCUCGAGCCUGGAGAGAACCUGUUCAGGAGUCUGAGAUGGGACCUGAACGAUCUGGACCCACAUGAUGUUACGUGCAGUAACUGGGGGGUGUACGCUUUCCGAGGCAAGCGAUACGAGACCGCAAAGAAAGAGGAGGAAGUAGAGGUGCACAGCGACAGGACGGCAUAA